ACUUCAUCUUCUUCCCGCGAAAAACCAAGAUUCCAGAAACCGCCUAAAAAAAUAAAAAAAAAAACAAAAUUACUGAAAAUGAAACGUUGAUUUGAAAAGGACAAGAAAAAUGUUCUUCUUCAACAAGAAACCAAAAAGACCUUCUCUUUCUUCUUCUCACUUCAUGGCUCCUUCUCUCUCUUCUCUCCUUCUCCCCCAUUCCUCUCCUGUUUACCCUCUCAUUCCCAACCCUAACAUAGCCCACAGAUUCAUCCCCCCUCCACGCAUCCAAACCCUAAUCCUCUGCUCCUCUAAUUCCACCACCAACCGCAAUCUCGCUACCCCUCCUUCGCCUCCUUCUUUCUCCAACGAAGAGGACUCAUCUCCUCCUCCUCCAUCUUCCAAUCCCCAGAAGAGAUCCUUUGCAGUCGCCACAGGUGAGCUUUUCUUGGGAAUCGCGUCCAGGCUGAUCAAACCUAGUAGCCGAGUCCUCUUCAGCAAUUCUGGCUCCAUUUCUACAUUGAAGAAAUUGAGGAAUAGGAGCGGAAAUGAUGGGGAUGGGGAUGGUGAUGAGAGAUACAACGAGGAUAGAAUUGGGGCUGUCAUGGAGGAUGAGAUUGAACCGGGAGUUAUAUGGGAACAGAGGGUAAAGGAUAUUGAGGCCGAGAAGGAGAGGAGGAUCGUUACUAGUCCGGGUUUUAGUUUUUCCGCUGCUGGCCUUUUGUUUCCUUAUCAUCUUGGGGUUGCCCAGUUUCUCAUUGAAAAGGGUUACAUUAAGGACACUACUCCAUUAGCCGGUGCCUCUGCUGGCGCCAUAGUCUGUGCAGUUAUCGCCUCUGGAGCCAGUAUGCUAGAGGCUCUAAACGCAACUAAAGUUCUAGCUGAAGAUUGCCGAGCGAGAGGCACUGCAUUUCGUCUAGGGGCUGUUCUCAGAGAUGUUCUUGAGAAGUUCCUACCAGAUGAUGCCCAUAGUAGGUCCAAUGGGAGGGUUCGUGUUGCUGUUACUCAGAUUUUUUGGAGGCCAAGAGGUUUACUGGUGGAUCAAUUUGACUCCAAGGAAGAUCUCAUCAAUGCAGUUAUUACAUCUUCAUUUAUUCCGGGAUAUCUUGCCCCAAGACCGGCAACAAUGUUUCGAAAUCGACUUUGCAUUGAUGGGGGUUUGACAUUGUUUAUGCCACCAACAUCUGCUACGAAAACGGUUCGUGUUUGUGCUUUUCCAGCCAGUAGAUUAGGACUACAGGGGAUUGGGAUAAGUCCUGACUGUAAUCCUGUAAAAAGAGCUAGUCCCAGAGAGCUUUUCAACUGGGCACUGGAGCCGGCUGAGGAUCAUGUUCUGGACAGACUCUUUGAACUUGGAUAUCUUGAUGCAGCGGCCUGGGGCGAAGCUAACCCAGUUGAGGAAAUAGUUGCCGAUGAUAGUCCCUUUCUUGAAAAUGGUUCAGCAAAUUAGCUCAUAGGAAGGAUGAAUUUUCCAACUUUAGAGGUGAAAGAUGAGAUUCUGGGGUACCUCUUAAGCCUCCCCUUCUUUUCUCUAGCUGUUUAAAUUUCCAUAUUUAUAUUGUAUAUAGUCGGUGCUUUAUCCAAGGAUAGAAGUCCCACUCUUCUAUUUGUCUUGUAUAUUUUUGCCUCGUACAUUAGAAUAAAUAAAUAAAGUCAAGUAAAAUAUUUUUUUCAUAA